GUGGGACAGCGACGGUGGUGCCACAUUCAUAAUCGAGUCUUAUGAUAAGACUUUUAUAACAGCCGACUCUAGUACAAGUUUUGUCUAUGAUAGUACAAAGUGCGUUGUUUUACAUAUUUUGAACUAACAGAACUAAGUGUCAUCAUGCCUGUCACAAAAAGCGACGUCGAUCAACUCAUUGCAUUAGAUAAAGUGGUGAUAUUUUCCAAAACAAAAUGUCCAUAUUGUAAAAUGGCUAAGAAGGUGUUUGAUAGUUUACAACAAAAAUAUACUGCAAUUGAAUUAGAUGAGAGAGAUGAUGGAGAUGAAAUCCAAUCUAUAUUAAGUAAUAUAACUGGUGCAAGAACAGUACCUAGAGUGUUUGUCGACAAGGUAUGUUUGGGAGGUGGUACGGAUGUACAGAAACUAUAUGACAACGGAGAACUACAAAAACAAUUAGCUUGCUAAUACAAUGUCCGCAUUAUGGAAAUUACUGAUUCAUGUUUUUUUUUUCUUUGAUGUA